AUGCGCGAGAAAAUGAAGAGGCAACAAGACGAGCUUGCCAAGAAAUUGCAAGAUUGUCAGAGCCUCUUGAAAGAAGCUGAGCAAUUUGUACCCGGACGCACGGCGAAACGAAUCCAGCAAUAUUUGCAUGAUUCGGAUUCUGGAUACGUAUCCAACGACAUACCUGGCGAAGCAGCUCAUGACGAACGCACAGAGAAGUCCCAUGAAGCGGAAGACGAACAAGAUAGCUCGGGUUCUUCCGUUGGGUCAUUGAGGGCCGUGGACGAAGUCGAAUACGACGUUAAUCGCACCCACGAAUCGCGAGCUACGGGAUAUAUUGGCAAAAGUUCGGAAAUCACAUGGAUGCAACGACUGCAGCAAGAGACAUUGCAACGAAACGGCGCCCAUGAAGACGACAGCAAUGCGAGCAAUUUGUUUGGUCCUCCCGAAAUCAACUAUCACCUUGAUGAUUUUGAUAUCGGGGUAUCAGAGCCUGUGCAAAUGUAUUGGGUGCCGCCUAGACCGCUGGCAGAUCAGCUUUUCCAGACUUAUCUUCGUGUGACACAUCCUUACUUCCCGAUUAUCAACCGUCCUUUGUUCUGUGAUCAGUAUGAGAGAUUCUUCGACAGUCCCGCGUUGCCCGGUGACAAGUGGAUGGCUAUCUUGAAUAUGAUUUUUGCCAUUUCCGCCCACUACGCUCAUGUUGCUGAGUUGAACUGGCACAAUGGUGACCAAGACCAUCUACUUUAUCUGACCAGAGCUCGAAUGCUUAGCAUGAAUGGAGAUGAGGUGUUCCGCCAUCCAGAUCUUCAACAAGUCCAAGUGGAGGGUUUAAUGGCUUUCUAUCUUCUUGCGACGCAUCAGAUUCAUCGAUCCUGGAGAAUCUUGGGGUUGGCAAUCCGCUCUGCAGUGUCUCUUGGAAUGAAUUUGAAGAAUAAUAACCCGGCCAUCACAGACGUCUCCAAGGAAAUUCGCAACCGGGUUUGGUGGUCUCUCCUUGUCACUGAAAACAAGCUCGGCCUGAUGACUGGCCGGCCUACUUGUAUUUCGGUGAACUUGUGUAGCUCGCCAUUGCCUCUCCCGUUCGAAGAGAACGAGUUGCAACAACAACCGGCCAUUUCUCUUCUCAAUGAUUCAGACCUUCGCGACAGUCAAGUCAACAAUGUCAUGGCCAGCUCGAAUCUCCGAAGCGCGCCUUUUGCCAAAUCCAGCAAUAGAUCGACCAAAGUCACCAGUUACGAAUGGCUCCAUAACCUCCCUGUCUCUGCUGGACUAUAUUUCUUAUAUGCCUGCGACCUAAAUAUGCUGGUGCAAGAGCUCCUAGACCGUGUAUACACGGCCAAUGCUGUCCACCAAGCUUGGAAAGAGAUUCAAAACCAAAUUGACGAUAUCAGUGGAAAGAUUGAUUUAUGGCUCUCCUCACUUCCGCCUGGUCUGGACUUCACUCGCAUGAACGGUGGUGAUCAAGUACUCGACGACAGGAUGCGCCUGGCCUUUCCAUAUUACAGCGCGCGAAUCAUGCUGGGUCGCCCCUGCAUGUGUCGACAUGACAGAGACAAUCCCCGGCGCUUCAGUGAAGACCAGCUUUUCACACAAGCCAUGGCUAUAUCAACCAUCAAGUCUGCUAUCCAGAUGGCUCAUUUGAUCCCAGAUGAUUCUACCGCUUUUCAGUCAAUUGAGUAUCUCCCCUGGUGGUGUCUGCUCCACUACGUCAUGCAGACAUUAACAAUCAUGAUCCUGGAACUUUCCUUCAGCUGCAUUCAUUUGCCAGAGGAAAAGAACAAUCUACUACAUCUGUCCAAGAAAUGUAUCAGAUGGCUCGACAGGACGUCUAGACAUAGUGUUGCAUCUCACCGAGCAUGGCAACUCUGUGACAGCGCCCUCCGCCGACUCGCAGAACCUCUUAGUCUCGAUGUCAGCGAUUUACCAUCGCGUCCUUAUCGGGAGCGCCCUGUCAAUACAAAUUCCUUUGGCGUUCACCCGAUGGACCCGAUGGAAGGACCCUAUCCUACCAGCAAUGAAAGUCUGAAGCAGGACUAUAUCAUGCAAGAUCCAAUUAAGGAAGUCUUCACCACGAGCUCAGGAACCAAUCCUCUAUUUGCAACAAGUGGAUCCGCAUUUAUUCCGGGGCAAUUUGCACAUGACCCAAUUAGUGAGAAUAUUCUGGAACUUUUCUUCCCGGGAGCUGGGGACAUUGAUACGCGCAUGAGUGACUCUUAA